GGUUAUUUUGCUAACUUUACAGUACCUAUGACCAAAUACUCAGUAUUUAGGUAAGAUUUACAGAAAAAAUUAAUGGAUGUUACUCCUAUUAUUGUUUUCCUUUUAUUUCCCCAACAGAAAGUGUUCUAAAUUAUAAGUACUACUUCUAGUUUUCAAACUUUGCGUGGUAAGUCCACCAAGUAUAUCAUUAUUGUUGUGCUUUAUUAGCCUUUUCUAUUAGCCUUUUCUAUUGCUAGCUCUUUUCUCAUCCUCUUCGUAUUACUUGGUUUAAUUUUGGUUACUUGGUUUAUCGGGUUUGGAUAUUCUCGGGUUUAUGUUUUCUAGGUAAUAUAACACUUUUCUAUACCAUAUUGGGUCGAUUUAAAUUUCAGAUCAGGUCAAUUUUAAUUCGGAUUUAUAUCGGGUUAGUUAAUUACAGUUUAGAUCCAAAUCGAUUAUACUGCAGGUUGAACCUAAACUACAAGUGGGGUCAUUUUCUUUUUAGGUUAGCAUUUUUUCGGAUUAUUUUGGAUCUUUAAAUUGGUCAUAUUAUUUUUAGAGUUAUGCAUCGAUUAUUUUUUGGAUUCAGAUCGGUUAAAAUCCAAUUCAAUUGAAAAUAUGUAAAUUAAGUAAAAAUCUCAAAAAUUAUAAUAUAUUUUUACUCAAACUCUAUACAUAAUUAUAGGAUAAUGGAUGGGAGUAUAUCUAAUGAAUAAGCUCAUCUAGUACCAAUUAUUUGAUGAAAAUUAAGAUAGAUAUUGAGUGUAGUGCUCCAAUAAUUAGACUCAUAUAUAUACCAAUUAUUUUAUACAUUGUAGCCUUUCUUUUGGGUAGCUCUCCUUUUGGUUCACCAUGAGCUGUAUGCAAACUCAAAUAAACAACAUUUUAGUUACCAACCCAACACGUUUUUCAGAAAGACCCGUCCAAAUUGUUCUUGUUUUCAUUCCUUAAUAAGUCCUUGAAUCAUUCAUCGAGUUUGUUUUUUAUUUUAGUGAUUUUUAAUAUACAAAAAUUUUCAAAUAAUUUUCUUUUUAUAAUAAUUUUUUUUUCAAACAUCAAGUUAUUAGUAAAUCAAAUUCUAUCUCAGUUAAACAGCAAGUACUCUUAGGUUCAAUGCUCACCUAGUUCUCCUCCCUCAACCUACCCUGUAAUAAAAAAUAAAAAAUCACAUUAUUAAUUUUUCUUUAGAUCAAAGUAAUAUCUGUAAAUUUUCAUUGUUACGUUAGUAUUUAAUCAUCAUAUGACCUAUUAAACGCAAAGUGUCAAAUUAUUUUUUCCAUAAAAAUAAAUAGUUAAAACGUUUAUAUAUCAUCAAAAUAGAAAUACUUGAAAGUAAAAGUUAUACAAAAUGAUUGUAUAAAUAUAAAAGAAGUAUUUUAUAAUGUAAUUUUUCAUAUAAAAAAUUACUGUAAAAUUGACAUCAUAAAUUAUUUAAUUUUAUAUUUAUGAAUGCGUCCCAUUCAUCCACGUCAUAAGUCAAUGACCCAAUGGUCAAGAUUGAAUUGGCCAAUUUCCUUAACUCGUUGUCAUUUUAUAUUAGUCAUUUUUAAAUAAUUGCAUUCAAAAAUAAUUACACACAUCAUAUCAAAUAGCUUAAUUACUCAAGCAAUGACAUGUAAUACGGCCCACAUAAAAUAAUUUUUUAAAAAAAAUUAAAAAAAUAGCAGAAAAAUCUGUGCUUAUUGGGCCUAUAUAAAGGAUUCAGAUUAGAACCAUUUUCCUUCCCCCUCUCCUCUUUUUUUUUUUCUUACAUUUCGUUGCAAUUACAUAUUCUUCUCUCUUGAACACCCACAAUCUUUCAUAAUCUGUACUUACAACAAAAUAAUUAUGGCAUACGAGGAUAGAUACGUGCAAGCUUCAAAAUAUGAUUGUCUUUUGUUUGAUCUUGAUGAUACUUUGUAUCCUCUUAGUUCUGGGUUGGCAAAAGGAGUUCUCAAAAACAUUCAGGAUUAUAUGGUUGAAAAGCUUGGUAUAGACAGGAGUAAGAUUAAUGAUUUGUCCAACCUUCUAUACAAAUAUUAUGGUACAACAAUGGCUGGUCUUUGUACCAUUGGUUAUGAUUUUGACUAUGACGAAUAUCAUAGUUUUGUACAUGGUAGGUUGCCUUAUGAAAACCUUAAACCUGACCCAUGUCUAAGAAGUCUUUUGUUGAGCAUACCUAUUCGAAAAGUGAUAUUCACAAACGCAGAUAAGACACACGCUAUUAAGGCUCUAAGUCGACUUGGAUUAGAGGACUGUUUUGAGGGAAUCAUCUGUUUUGAGACUCUUAAUCCUACCCAUAAAAAUUUCGCUUCCGAUGAUGAAGAUGAUAUCGAAUUUGUUGGAUCAAAGCAGAAUCUCAACAAUAAUAAUAAAAAGAAUGAAAUAUUUGACAUAAUUAGUCAUUUUGCUAAUAACCAAAAUGAUGCAACAACAUUGCCUAAGACACCCAUCAUUUGUAAACCAUCAGAAUAUGCAUUUGAGAAAGCUCUUAAGAUUGCCAACUUGGACCCUCAUAGAACCAUAUUCUUUGAUGAUAGUGUCAGAAAUAUAUUAGCCGGAAAGCGUGUGGGUCUUGAUACAGUUUUGGUGGGUACUUCUCAAAGGCCCAAAGGAGCAGAUUAUGCAUUGGAGAGUAUACAUAAUCUAAGGGAGGCAUUGCCACAACUAUGGGAUGCAGAUUUGAGGCCUGAAAUUUACUCUGAAAAAUUAUCAAUUGAGGCUUCUGUAACUGCUUAAAGUAUCGAUUAUCUUUUGAUUCGUGAUUUUCAUGUUCGAUCCAAAUUCUUAUCUCUGGGCACGAAGCAGAAUGAAUAAAAAGAUCGAAUUUGAUAUUAAAUAAAAUUCAAUGCGUUAAAUCAAUUUUGAAGCGCUAAAAAAUUAAUAAUAAUAGUAGUUGUAAAUUAUUAUAUUGUAUUUAUAUAAUAUCAAAAAAUUGAUAAAAAAUGAAUUUAUUAGUAAAAAUAUAAGGUUUUAUUUUUUCCUAAGUUCUCCAAUAAUUUGGCAUGAUGUCAAUUCUUUAGCUAGCAUGUCCCACACUUAGGUUUGUUGGUUUUUUCUUCCUGUACUACUGGAGUCCAUUAACCAGUUGGCAACUUGGCAUUUGGCAGCCAUUGCAUGCAUGUAUGAGAUUGAGAAAUAAAAAAUAAUAAUUUUAUUCA